CGAAAUUGAUGCGCAACGAAGACAAUUAGACGUCCAUCGGUGUGGGCUGAUCACCCAUCGGUGAGCAGCGCUUUCUUCUGGUGGGUUCGCUAGUACCUUUUGGCUGGGAGUGGCGCCCCCAUGGUGCAAAACACCGAGUAUUUCGUGCCGAAAGUCAUCCUUGUGACUGGGGGUGCUGGAUUUAUCGGUUCUCACGUGGCCGUAUGCCUCACAAGGAAAUAUCCGCAGUACAAGGUCAUUGUCUUUGACAAAUUAGAUUAUUGCGGCACCCAGAAGAACCUAGCAUCGCUUAUGGACGCACCCAAUUUCAAGUUCAUCAAAGGUGACCUUCAGAGCGGCGAUCUGCUAAACUAUAUUUUGAGGAGGGAGAACGUCGACACAGUACUUCAUUUUGCAGCUCAGACGCAUGUGGAUAACUCCUUUGGGAACAGCCUCGCGUUUACUGUCAACAAUACAUACGGCACCCACGUGCUCCUGGAGGCAUGCCGCAUGUUCGGAGGAAUUAGACGCUUCGUCAAUGUGUCCACGGAUGAAGUGUAUGGGGAGAGCAGCUAUGGGAAGGACAAGGGUGUGGGAGAAGACAGCACCUUGGAACCCACAAACCCCUACUCUGCAGCCAAGGCCGGGGCGGAAAUGAUUGCCAAGGCAUACCUCACCUCCUACAAGCUGCCGGUCAUCACGACCCGGGGAAACAAUGUAUAUGGGCCCAAUCAAUUCCCCGAGAAGUCAAUACCAAAAUUCACACUCUUGGCUGCCAGAGGAGAGGACCUCCCUGUCCAUGGAGAUGGGCUGGCGACCAGAUCAUAUCUCUACAUUGAUGAUGUCACGGAGGCAUUUGACAUCAUAUUACACAAGGGAGUCGUGGGGGAGGUGUACAAUAUUGGAUCGCAGAGGGAACGCACAGUUUUGAGCGUGGCCGCCGACAUCCUGCGCAUCUUUGGGCUCCCUGAAAGCAAGAUCGUGCACGUGCGCGACCGGGCUUUCAACGACCGCCGCUACUUUGUAUGCGAUAAGAAGCUCGCCAAGCUGGGCUGGCGAGAGAAGACAGACUGGAAGCAGGGGCUGCAGAGGACGGUUGAGUGGUAUACCCAGUAUGGGUUCAGGGACUUUUGGGAUAACGAAGCCGUCGAAGCCUCUCUGGAUGCGCACCCCAGUUAUUUCGGGACCCAUAAUGCGUUGCAAGAGCCUGCUGCUUAUGAUGCUUAAGCGACAUUGAGCUAGCAUCACUGAAUCGGAUUCCUCGAGUCUCUGUUGCCGUCUCAUGUUGGGGAUGCAAUCUAGCAGCUAACACCAACAGAACUCAAAAGAUAGGAACCGAAAUGAAUAAAGAAGGAACGAACUGCUCAAGUGGCAAGGCUGAAGUUGAGGCUGCCAGGCACUAUAGUAAGGAAGUUCAACAAGGCCAUCCUGAAAUAAACAUGGAAAACGAUCAUUGUGCGAUACCUGAUUCAGUACGGUAGACAGGAAGGCAUCAAAGUGGUGCAAGCGCUGCGGAAAUUGAUUUCUGGAAUUAGGAGAUGCAGUAUUUGUAAUUCGUGC